CACAGGCUGGCCCUGUAGCUUGCUUGGCCGUGCGCUGUAAUCUGGAUCGUGUUAGUGGCUGGCCACCACUAAACUCCGGCGUGGAGUUUACCCGACCCGCGCCUCCCAUGCGGCUCGCUCCCACACCACAAAUCAAAAGGGCCUAGUAAAUUACCAGCACCGACGACUAGCAAACAACGACAAAAGCCACGCUGACAAAAUAAACCAGACAUAUCUCUGCAAAUCCACUAGCACUCACUACCCAUACUAUUUUGUCAGCGCCCAAAUUUCUACAGCAAGAAAUCGCGGACAAGGGCGUGUGUUGCUUUUUCGCGCUGCCUGCCACCACCCACGCCCCCCCAGCCGCCUUGGUUGCUCUCCUCACCUUUGCAACAAAAAUCUCGCAACGCCCAGCGCCGCCCAACACGAGCACCGCCGCUGAAAAAUACCCAGAAAAUCACAUUUGCGCACGCGACGCCGUCUAGAUUUUUUCUGGUAUUUUUCAUUCUCGCCGCCCCCGUUGCGCCGAAACGUCGCCCAGCUUCGUCCCCCACGCCUCUCGUGUAAACAACCCAACCACCCAGCCAAGCUACUCAACUUUCAAUUCACACAACAUGGACUCCGUUCAAGCUGCUGCUGCUGCCGCCGAGGCCAACAUUGCCGCCGGCCUCGUCGACGAGCCCGCCGCUACCCCGCGCAAGCGCGGCCGCCCUUCCACCGGCGGCGUCAAGAAGGCCUAUGUCCCCACGGGCAAGCCUCGCGGACGCCCCAAGAGCGACAACCCCAAGACAUAUGUGCCCACGGGCAAGCCGCGUGGUCGCCCCAAGGGCAGCACCAAGCGCUCGGUGCUCGAGCCCGUCGCUAUGACCGAGGGCAUCAUUGCUGGGCCGCGCCGCGGCAGACCUGCGCGCAAGCUAGCCGAGGAACGUAUUGCGGCCGACGCUGCUGCCAAUCUGCCCAAGAGCCGUGGCCGCCCCAAGAAGAAGGCUGCUGCUGAUGAAGCUGAAGCUGCUAAGAAGGAUGAAGAAGAGGAGGAGAAGCCUGUCGAUGACGCUGUGGAUGUCGUCUUUGGGGACGCCGAUGCCGAUGCCGAUGUGAAUGCCUUUGACGAUGACAAGGGCGACCAGUCCGGGUGGAUGUCGGCAGGGCUCAAGAAGAUCUUUAGCUAAAAGAUGGAAUGGCUGAGCAACACCUACAUGCGAGGUCUCUCCGCCAGCGUGGAAUACUGUCUUUUUGCAUUCUGUACCCUUUUUGCUUUGGGAGGAGGAUGCCUUACUUUUGUUUUGUUUUUCUUUGAUUGAUUGCUCUUCUUGUUGUACCAAGAUGUUAUGUAUGGAGGAUAUGUGAGCGAGGCGCAUCGACGACACCAGUUACAGUAUGGAAAUUAUGAUUAUGAAGGGUGUUGUCUAGGGAAUCAACCGCACACGGCGGCUAUAUUUAUUGUCUUUUUCUUUUUAUUUCUCGUUUUUCACUUUGUUUUCGCAAUGUUUACUUUUUAUUUCCAUC